AUGCAUACCUUCUCUGGUUUAUCGAUAUUGUUCGUAGCUCUAACACUUUUGUGUGUGCGUAUCGCGGUCAUCGAGGCAACUGCAGCCACUUCUGGUAAAACCGAUCAUGACGCGCUAGGAUUCAGCCAGCCACAAAGGCCUUGGUGCCCGACUUCUUCGGUGGAUGUCGACCCAAGAGAUAUUGUAAGUAAUAGCCACAUCACUCGAUUAAAGUUUUCAGAUUCAUGUGAAUUCUUAGUGGAUGAUAUGAAAGUGGAGUUUGACGAGGUUAAUGGUGCCAUUCACAUUUCGCCUAAGCCCAGAGCAAUACCACCAGGGGGAACUGAUAUGUGCACCGUCGAAGAUCCCGUUGAUCGUGGUUUAGUCUACUAUUUGCAGGGCUUUUAUCUUCAUGCCUCUCCAGAGCGUUCGUCGCGAGGCGGUACGCUGUACAUGUGCUUUACAAACAUCGAAAGUAACGAGACGAUGCGAAGGGCACUCAUGGUGGUAGUUUUCCUCAAAGAGUGUUCCGUUGGUACCACUUUUUCUAGCACGGUGGAGCACCUUCUUGAUAAUUCCUCACUUUCGAAGCCACACCGCAAGAUAGCAGACCCAUUGGGUAAAUUUUCGAUAUCCUUACUCCUUCCGAUGCAGCAAAGCUAUGUUAUGUAUCAGGGCUCGGAAGCUUUACCGAUGUGCGGCCCCAAUGUUCAGUGGGUGGUGAUGACGUCGCCUAUUGGGGUUACCUCUCCACUUCUGGGCAAAUUGCAGACUGCCCAGAACGAGAGCACGACAAGUGAUUCGCGCAUCCUCUGGGAUGAGCAACCCUCCCACCCGGUGAGGGGUCGGAAAAUUUAUCACUUUAUCGAUCUUAACCACGUUUCUGAACCGAGUACACGUGAACUGAAUAGUACUAAAAAAGUUUUGUAUUACAGUCAUCGCAAAAAAGGCACUAAGGGAAUAAUACCAAGGGGAGUAAGUACGUCGGGUUGCAUUGAUGUGGGUAAAAAAGAUUUGAGUGCGCGCGCUAACCGAACCUCAAGCACCCCCUCUGCACUCACGCGGAGGCGCAGACGUUCGCAAGAGCGGCUUGCGUUAAAUACCUCCGUUGAUGUGAAAACGAACAGCAGCACUACAAGCUCUACUGGGAGUGGGGCCUCCCAUUUAGCGGAAAGUUCUUUUCACUACAAGGAUCUUAAGUUCUUAGGCGGGAAUGCUUCUCCUACGCUAGGCGAGUCGUCACCAGGUUGGUUUGGAUCAAUAAUUCUUAGAGUUAUAAAUUACAUUAAGGAACAUUAUAUUCGUGUGAUCGUAUACUUUAUCCUAGCGCUCAUUUUCUUAUCCGCCACAAUUUCAGCAUUCAAGUCGAGAUAUAGACCUCAAUAUUUCGUGGGAAUCAGCCCUGAAGAAGAGCGGCUUCUUUUCAGCUCUUCUAAUGCGUACCGAUACGGUAUAUUUUAA